AUGUAUGCUGUGACUAUUAGUGAUGAGGGUGACUGUUACCGGUGUUUCCCGCCUGACCCAGGCAUAGAGGCUGCUGCGCUAGGUACUUGUGAGGCUGCUGCUCUAGGUGCCAGUGCGUCUGCUGCCCCAGGUGCCGGUGAGUUUGCGCUCUCAGGUGCUGCGUCGCCCCCGGACACCCACACCUUCACCCUUGACUCGGGUGCUUCCCGCUCCUUCUUUCGAGACUGCACCACUCUCACACCGCUCAGUCGGCCUGUUGCGGUCUCCCUAGCGGACCCCUCUGGGGGUCCUGUCCUUGCUCACUACUCCACUGUCCUACCGUGUCCAGCGGUCCCGUCUGGCUCCCUGUCGGGUCUCUACCUCCCCUCGUUCUCUACGAACUUGGUGGCGGGUGCUGACCUCCAGGAUGCAGGAGUUGACCAGUUCACCCCUGCGCGUCAGCGGGUGACCCACUGCACUUGUGCGGACACGGGCCGCCACUUGGCCACGUUUGCUCGUCGGCCAGGGUCGAGCCUGUACACACUGACUACUGAGUCUUCCCCAGUCACUGAGUCUGCUCAGGUAGCCGCGUCGGGUCAGGUGUUUGCUGCGGCGUCCAGGUCUGGUCCUGAGUCUGCCCCCUGCUCGUGUCGUCUCCUGUCUCACCGGACUCUCCUCUGGCACCACCGUCUUGGUCACCCCUCCCUGCCUCGCCUUCGAGGCAUGGCUUCCCGUCUUCUUGUUUCUGGUCUCCCCCGGUCCCUCCCUCCUCUUCCUCCGGGGCCUGCCCCCACCUGCGUUCCCUGCGUCGAGGGGCGGCAGCGCGCUGCUCCUCACUCCUCCGAGUUUCCUCCGACAGAGGCUCCGCUGCAGACGCUUCACAUGGACGUGUGGGGCCCAGCCCGCGUCCGUGGGCAGGGUCAGGAGCGCUACUUCCUGCUGGUGGUUGACGACUACUCGCGUUACACCGCAGUCUUCCCCUUGCGCAGCAAGGGUGACGUCACUGAGGUGUUGAUCGCCUGGAUCCGCGCGGCUCGUCUCCAGCUCCAGGAGAGUUUCGGCUCCGACUUUCCUGUUCGGCGUCUGCACUCCGACCGAGGCGGAGAGUUCUCCUCUGACCUUCUGCAGACCUUCUGUCGCACACGAGGCAUCCGCCAGACCUUCACGCUUCCGGACUCUCCGCAGCAGAAUGGGAUUGCUGAGCGCCGCAUCGGCAUGGUCAUGGACGUCGCUCGUACGUCCAUGAUCCAUGCGGCUGCUCCCCAUUUUCUGUGGCCGUUUGCGGUUCGGUACGCGGCGCAUCAGCUCAACCUUCACCCCCGGGUCUCCAUGCCGGAGACCUCCCCUGCUUUGCUGUGGACGGGGAAGGUUGGUGAUGCGUCGCGUUUUCGGGUCUGGGGAUCUAGGGCGUUUGUCCGCGACUUGUCUGCGGACAAGCUGUCCUCUCGUGCUGUUCCCUGCGUCUUCCUUGGCUUUCCCCCUGACGCGCCAGGCUGGCAGUUCUACCACCCCACCUCGCGCCGUGUCUUCGCGUCCCAGGACGUCACCUUUGACGAGUCGGUUCCCUACUACCGUCUCUUCCCCUACCGCACUGCGUCCCUCCCUCCCCCGCCGCUCUUCCUUACACCAGGCCCCCCUCCGGUAGACCCCCUCCCCCCUCAGGGUCCUGCUCCCUCAGGUGUGUCCCAGGUAGAUGCAGUUGAGCCAGUCGAGGUAGCUGUUGACUCUGGUACUGCUGGUGGUGCUGAGCCUGGGGGUGCUGGGUCUGGGGGUGCUGCGACUGGGGGUGCUGGGUCUGGGGGUGCUGCGACUGGGGGUGCUGAGCCUGGGGGUGCUGAGUCUCGGAGUGCGGAGCCUGAGAGUGCUGGACCUGCUCGUCCGGCGUCUGGUGGUGCUGAGCCUGGCGGUUCCUCCGGUGCUUCGUCCCGGCGGGAGCUGCUCUCUCCACAGGAGCUGCGUGAGUGGUUCGCCCGGCGCUGGCGACGUGCUGCUGGAGCUGGUGGUGCUGCAGGAGCUGGGGGUUCUACUGCUGCUGAGAGUGCUGGUGCCGAGGGUCCCAGAGGUGCUCGUACCGAGUGUACUGGAGCUGCUGACCCUACGAGUGCUCCUCCUGCUGGAGCUGGUGGUGCUGCUGGUGUUGCUGGCGCUGGAGCUGCUGGUGCUGCUGGAGCUGCUGGUGCUGCUGGUGCUGCUGGUGCUACUGGCGUUGGUGCUGCUGGAGCUCCUGGAGCUGGAGCUGCUGCGUCUUCGGGUGGUCCGGCUGGAGCUGGAGCUACUGGGGGUGUUGGCGCUGGGGGUGCUCCUGGCGCUGGUGCUGCUGGGGGUGCUGGAGUUGGAGCUGCUGGAGUUGCGGGUCUUCCUGGUGCUGGUGCUCCCGCUGGGGGCGCUGGUGCUGUUCCUGCUGGCACUGGUGGAGCUGCGCGGCCGUGGCCGUACUUUGUUCCGCUCCUUGAGCAGGUUCUUGGUCUUCCGUCCUCUCUUGGUCCUGCUCCUGCCUUAGAGUGUCCGCCUCCUGUCCAGUCUGAGUCACAGUUACAGCCACCUUCCCCGCUUCCUUCUCCUUCUCCCUACACUGGUCCUACUGGAGGUCUUGCUGAGCGUCGUGAGCCUGCGUCUCGCCCUGCGUCGCCUGUCCGUGCUGCUCGCACUAGUGGUCGUGGUUCGCGUCAGCGUCCUCCCCCUGUCCCCGGCACGCACCGGAUGUCUCUGCGUCCUUCCACUGCUCCGCUGCGUGCCCCUUUGCCCUCUCCUCCAGCGUCCUCUCUUCCUGAGCUUCCUGACCCGGAGUCGGACUCCCUUCGUGCUGCGCGUCCUACUGUCACGCGUCUCCUUGCUACUGUCGUCACUGACCCUUCCUUUGAGUCUACUGCUGCGUCUGCCCUAGUUGCUGAGCUUGUCGACUUCGCUGCUCGCUGUCGCCUAGACUACGCUACCAGUCUCGUCGCUGAGUCUGAGUCUGUCUGUCCUCCGUCCGUCGGGGGUGAGUGUGCUCUUGGCACGGACGUCCUAGAGGACAGGCAGGAGGAGUUCCAGUGCUUGGCUGCUGUUUCACCUCAUCUCGUGUCCAUGCUGCUUGCCCCUGAGGGAGACCCGGAUGCACUUGACAUCCCGACUCCGCGCUCUUACGCGGAGGCGAUAGAGGGUCCCUACUCCUCUCAGUGGCAGGCAGCCAUGGACGCAGAGAUGGCUUCCUGGAAGUCCACAGGCACCUACGUUGACGAGGUUCCCCCGCCUGGGGCGAACAUCGUCAGUGGCAUGUGGAUUUUCAGGGUGAAGCGGCCGCCGGGUUCUCCGCCUGUCUUCAAGGCGCGUUACGUGGCUCGUGGUUUCAGUCAGCGGCAGGGAGUUGACUACUUUCAGACUUUCUCCCCCACCCCGAAGAUGACCACUCUUCGGGUACUGCUGCACAUAGCUGCUCACCGAGACUACGAGCUGCACUCUCUUGACUUCAGCACUGCUUUCUUGCAGGGCAGCCUUCACGAGGAGAUCUGGCUGCGCCGCCCACCUGGCUUCACUGGGUCGUUUCCUCCUGGCACCCAGUGGAGCCUCCGGUGGCCAGUCUACGGUCUCCGCCAGGCGCCUCGUGAGUGGCACGACACACUGAGGACUACACUUGCGGCCCUUGGGUUUGCUCCUUCUACUGCCGACCCGUCGCUGUUUCUGCGCACCGACACUUCUUUGCCGCCGUUCUACAUCCUUGUGUACGUCGACGACUUGGUCUUUGCUACAGCUGACACUGCUGGACUUGCCUACGUGAAGUCCGAGCUGCAGAAGAGACACACGUGCACAGACCUGGGUGAACUGCGCAGCUACCUUGGCUUGCAGAUCACCAGGGACAGAGCACAGCGCACCAUUACCCUGACUCAGUCACAUAUGGUGCAGCAGGUCCUUCAGCGCUUCGGCUUCACGUACUCCUCGCCUCAGGCCACUCCUCUGCCUACGCGCCACUCGCUCUCAGCUCUGCCUUCGGAUGAGUCCGUAGAGUCGAGUGGCCCGUACCCAGAGCUUGUCGGCUGCCUCAUGUACCUGAUGACCUGCACUCGACCUGACCUUGCAUACCCUCUUAGCAUUCUGGCACGCUUUGUUGCUCCUGGGAGACACAGACCAGAGCACAUGGCUGCAGCGAAGAGGGUGUUGCGCUACUUGUGCAGUACGUCGGGCAUGGGGCUUGUGCUUGGAGGGCAUAGUUCAGUGGUCCUCACUGGUCACGCAGACGCUUCUUGGGCUGACGACCAGGCUACGCAGCGGUCGUCACAGGGUUACACCUUCAGCCUUGGUUCCGGCUCUGUUUCUUGGCGGUCUACCCGCUCGUCUUCUGUUCUCGGCUCCAGUUGUGAGGCUGAGAUCUACGCAGGGGCCAUGGCUGCACAGGAGCUACGCUGGCUCACCUACCUGCUGACUGACCUGGGAGAGCCGCCUCGUUCUCCUCCAGUGCUGUACGUAGACAACAAGGCCAUGCUGGCCUUGUGUCAUGAGCACAGACUGGAGCACAGAACGAAGCACAUCGCUCUCCGCUACUUUCUUGCUCGUGAGCUGCAGCAGCGUGGUCAGCUGCGCCUUGCUUACGUGGCCUCUGAGGCCAACACUGCUGAUAUCUUCACUAAGGCACUCGCGCCUUGUGAUCAUCAGCGCUUCUGCACUCUGUUAGGUCUUGUACCUACCUUGCCUCACUUGCUUACUUCUUGA